GAAAGCCGAGUGGGCCCCAUUGGGGGAAAGGGGUCAGUCACUUCCCGGAAGAGGCGGGGCCGCGCGGGCCCGGCGCCGGAUUCGAAAAGCUUCCUGGUGUUCCCGGGCCCGGCGGCUGAACCCGGGGCGCUACUCUUUGCUUGGGUAAAGAAAGAGGACUUUUCUUUUUUUUUCUUUUGAGAAAAUUCAGGAAUUUGGAGGCACAAUAGUUAGGAUUCAGGCCAAACUGGUAAAUGACGAAGGGGCUUCUUCCAGAGCCAAGGAGGAAGGGUUGUCCGGGUAAGUCCGGCGGGACGUGGAGAGACUGCGCCGCUCGGGCCCUCCCGCUGGUUCCUUUGACCAUCAGGGUUAGGGCAGAUAAUCACCAGAAUGGGAGUGAAUGACUUGUGGCAAAUUUUGGAGCCUGUUAAGCAACACAUUCCCUUGCGUAAUCUUGGUGGGAAAACCAUUGCAGUUGAUCUGAGUCUCUGGGUGUGUGAGGCACAGACAGUCAAAAAAAUGAUGGGUAGCGUCGUGAAGCCCCACCUCAGGAACUUAUUUUUUCGUAUCUCAUAUUUAACACAAAUGGAUGUAAAACUGGUGUUUGUUAUGGAAGGGGAACCACCAAAGCUGAAAGCUGAUGUCAUAAGCAAGAGGAAUCAGACUCGGUAUGGGUCUUCUGGAAAAUCGUGGUCUCAGAAAACAGGGAGAUCACAUUUUAAAUCAGUCUUAAGAGAGUGCCUCGAUAUGCUCGAAUGCUUGGGAAUCCCCUGGGUUCAGGCUGCCGGGGAAGCUGAAGCCAUGUGUGCUUAUCUCAAUGCUGGUGGUCAUGUCGAUGGCUGCCUCACCAAUGAUGGCGAUACUUUCCUUUAUGGGGCCCAGACUGUUUACAGGAAUUUCACUAUGAAUACAAAGGACCCACAUGUUGACUGUUACACAAUGUCAACUAUCAAGAGUAAACUAGGUUUGGACAGAGAUGCUCUGGUUGGAUUAGCAAUACUUCUUGGUUGUGAUUAUCUCCCAAAGGGAGUCCCUGGAGUUGGAAAAGAGCAAGCAUUAAAACUUAUACAGAUUUUGAAAGGGCAAAGUUUACUUCAGAGGUUUAAUCGGUGGAAUGAAACAUCUUGUAACACUAGUCCACAACCGCUAGUCACUAAAAAGCUGGCUCAUUGUUCUGUAUGUUCCCAUCCAGGUUCACCUAAGGAUCAUGAACGUAACGGAUGCAGAUUAUGUAAAAGUGAUAAAUAUUGUGAGCCACAUGACUAUGAAUACUGCUGCCCUUGUGAUUGGCACCACACAGAACAUGAUAGGCAACUCAAUGAAGUAGAGAACAAUAUGAAGAAGAAAGCUUGCAGUUGUGAGGGAUUCCCAUUCCAUGAGGUUAUUCAAGAAUUCCUUUUAAACAAGGAUAAAUUGGUGAAGGUUAUCAGGUACCAAAGACCUGAUUUGUUAUUGUUUCAGAGAUUUACUCUUGAAAAAAUGGAGUGGCCCAAUCACUAUGCAUGUGAGAAAUUGCUGGUACUUUUGACCCGUUACGACAUGAUAGAAAGAAAGCUUGGUAGCAGAAACUCUAAUCAACUACAGCCAAUUCGAAUUGUUAAGACUCGAAUCAGAAAUGGAGUUCAUUGUUUUGAAAUAGAAUGGGAAAAGCCCGAACAUUAUGCUAUGGAAGAUAAACAACAUGGAGAAUUUGCUCUGCUAACAAUAGAAGAAGAAUCAUUGUUUGAAGCAGCAUAUCCUGAGAUCGUUGCUAUUUACCAAAAACAAAAGUUAGAAAUUAAAGGGAAGAAACAAAAACGUAUUAAGCCUAAAGAAAAUAAUUUGCCAGAACCAGAUGAAGUAAUGAGCUUUCAGUCACACAUGACUUUAAAACCCACAUGUGAAAUCUUUCGUAAGCAGAAUUCCAAGUUAAAGUUGGGGAUUUCCCCUGAUUCUGCAUUACCACAGGAAUCUAUAUCUGCCUCGUUGAAUAGCUUGCUUUUACCUAAAACUACUCCGUGUUUGAAUGUACAAGAACAGUUCAUGUCUUUUCCAAGACCUUUGGCUAUACAGAUUAAAGCUGUCAGUAAGUCUCUGAUUUCAGAAUCUAGUCAACCCAGUACCUCAUCUCAUAAUAUAUCUGUGAUUGCUGAUCUACACUUGAGCACUAUUGACUGGGAAGGUACAUCUUUUAGUAAUUCUCCAGCUAUUCAAAGGAAUACUUUUUCUCACGGUUUAAAAUCAGAAGUUGAAUCAGAGCUAUCAGCCAUCCCUGGUGGCUUUGAAAAUAUCCCAGAACAACUGUCAUGUGAAUCAGAAAGGUAUACUGCAAACAUAAAGAAAGUGUUGGAUGAGGAUUCUGAUAGGAUUAGUCCUGAAGAGCAUCUACUUUCUGGCAUUACUGAUUUAUGUCUUCAGGAUUUGCCUUUAAAGGAACGAAUAUUUAUAAAAUCAUCAUAUCCUCAGGAUAGUCUACAACCAGAUGUCAACCUGAAAACUUUGUCCAUACUUAGUGUAAAAGAACCUUAUAUUGCUAACAGUGGUUCUGAUUGUACAUCACAUCUUUCAAAGGAUCUUCCAGGAAUUCCCUUGCAAAAUGAAUCCAGAGACUCUAAAGUUCUAAAAGGAGACCAGCUGCUUCAGGAAAACUAUAAAGUCAAUACUUCUGUACCUUAUUCUAUCAGUAACACAGUAGUAAAGACCUGCAAUGUUAGACCACCAAAUACUGCUUUAGAUCAUAGUAGAAAAGUUGAUAUGCAAACCACUCAGAAAAUUUUAAUGAAGAAGAGUGUUUGCCUUAACAGACAUUCCUCUGAUGAACAAAGUGCCCCAGUGUUUGGGAGAGCUAAGUACACAACUCAAAGAAUGAAGCACAGUUCUCAAAAGCAAAAUACAUCCCAGUUCAAAGAAAGUGGCCACAACAAGUUGGGUAGCCCUAAGAUACAUAUUAAAGAAAGUGAACAGUGUGUCAGAUCUUAUAAAACAGCUGAAAAUGAAGAAAGCUGUUUCCCAGAUUCAGCAAAAAGUUCUUUGAGUUCUCUACAAUGUCAUAAGAAAGAAACCAACUCUGUUACUUGUUUGGAUAGUCCUCUUCCUUUACGCCAGAGAUUAAAACUAAGAUUCCAAAGCACUUGAAAGGAACUUUAAAACACUUAAGUAUAACUUAUUAUUUUAGUUAAUAGCAGAGACAGAGGGAAGGUAUCUAGUUCAUGUGUGGUAAAAAUUUUAAUGUUCUCUAUGUCAUGAAACACCAUUUUAAUCAAAAUUGUGAUUUUAAAAAUGUCACCUAAAACUCGGGUUUUAAAAGAUCCUCUGUAUUGAAAACUUCUGAUAAUGCAUGUCAUUAUUAUGUCCUUAUUAUUCUUUAAUUGUGGUUUUAAAAUAUUGGUAUAGUACUUGACAGAGUAAAUGCUUCAUCUCUUUGUUCAUUUUUACUUUUUCUUCCACAAGCCUCUAAAGUAUUUAUAUUCCAGCUUGUUCCCAAGAGGAUAAUUCUUUAUACUUCUCUGCAUUCUUUUAAGGCCUUGCAAGGUCUUCCGUUAUAACUCUCUUUCCUAAGAGUUAUUUUCUCCCUAAGUGUGAAGAUACCUUUAGUGUGCUCUUCCACCUUGGAAGGCCUUGCAAGUCUUCCAUUAUAACUCUUUCCUGAGAGUUAUAUUCUCCCUCAGUGUGAAGCUACCUUUAGUGUGCUCUUCCACUUUUGGUGUCUUAGUCUCUUUUUUGAGGGGCAAAAAGAGAAAAGGAGAGAAGAUGUCAGUAUGUUUAGUAAAAAUCAUGCUUGUAAUGGCUGAAUAAACUGAGCAAAGCCCAGAAGUUCACACAUAUAUCAAGUGGAAGAAGAUUUGGAAAAUCAAAUGUAUUUCUAAUCCAAAAGGAUUAGAAACUUGCCCAGGAUCACAUAGCUAACUAAUAAUCCUGUGGGAAUCAGUUUUCUUGCCUGCUAAUUUUUUUAUUUUUCUAUUUUUUCCUUCUGUAGCACUUUUCCCCCUUUUGUUUUAAAUCUAUGCAAUAUUGACUUUAAUACCACCAAAUAUUAAAUCUUGCAUUAAUUUAGGUCGCACUCAAAAAUUCUAGAGCGGUAUCCAGAUUGAAGAGGAAAAUUGUCUCUGCAGAUGACAAGAUUGUAUGUAUCAAAAAUUCUAAGAAAUCCACUAGAAAACUAUUAAAACUGAUAAAAUGAGUUCAUCAAGGUUGUAGAAUACAAGACCAAUUGUGCAAUGAUCAUUGCAUUUUGUUUGUGUUUGUUUGUUUUUUGAGACGGAGUCUCACUCUGUUGUCAAGACUGGGGUGUAGUGGCGCCGUCUUGGCUCACUGCAGCCUCUGCCUCCCAGGUUCACACGAUUCUCGUGCCUCAGCCACCUGAGUAGCAGGAAUUACAGGUGUGUGCCACCAUGCCUGGCUAAUUUUUAGUAUUUUUAGUAGAGAUGGUAUUUUCCCAUGUUGGUCAGGCUAGUCAUGAACUCCUGGCCUCAAGGAUCCACCCAUCUUGGCCUCCCAGAGUGCUGGGAUUACAGGUGUGAGCCACCAUACCCAGCCUUAACUGUAUUUCUGUACACCUCUAAAUAAAUGGAAAUACAUUCCAUGUUGAUGAAUCAGAAGACAUAAGACGACAAUACUGCCCAAACUGAUCUACAGGUUAAAUGUAAUUCCUAUUAAUUCCAGCUGGUUUCUUUGCUGAUUAUAAAAUUCAUAUGGAAAUUUCAGAAACACAAGAAGAAUCUUGAAAAAAUUUGAAUGACUCACCCUUCCUGAUUUUAAGUAUAUAAACUACAGUAAUGAAGAAUGUGUUGUACUGGUAUAAAGGUAGACGUAUAGGUCAACAUAGAUCAAUGGCAUAGAAUUGAGAGUUCAGAAAAAAGCCCUCACAUUUAUGGUCAGUUGAUUUUAAACCAGAGUGCCAAGACAAUUCAAUGGGAAAACAAAACUGUCUUUGAACCAACUGUCUUCUGGAUCUAUUGGAUAUCUAUGUAAAAAAGAAUGACAUUUGAUUCCUACUUCACAUGAUAUUUAAAAAGUAACUUAAAAUGGAUCAAGGACCUAAAUGUAAGAGCUACAGCUAUAAAACAGAAGAAAACAUAGACAUAAGUCUUUGUGACUUUGGAUUAGGCAAGGAUUUCUUAAAUAUACCCAAAACAUAGGCAACAAAAGAAAAUACACAAACUGGACUUCAUCAAAACUAAAAACUUGUUUGAAAUGACACCAUCAAGAAAGUGAAAAGACAGCUUACAGGAUGGGAGAAAAUAUUUGCAAAUCAUAAAUGUGGUAAGGGACUUGUAUCUUAGAGGGAUGUAUAUAAAGAACUCAUAACUCAAUUAUAAAAAAACAACUUCAAAAUGGGCAAAAUAGCAGGCAUUUCUCCAAAGAAGAAAUACAAAUGGCCAAUAAGCACAUUUAAAAUUGUUCAGUACUAUUAGUCAUCAGGAAAUUGCAAAUCAAAGCCACAAGACGCCCAAUAGAAUGUCUGCGAUCAAAAAGAUAAUAACUAGUAUUGAUGAGGAUGUGGAGAAAUUGGAAUUCUCAUAACAUGCUGGUAGGAAUGUAAAAUGGGGCAGCCACUUGGGAAAAAGUCUGGUAUUCAAAUGGUUAAAUGUAGAGUUAAUAUCCAGCAGUUCCACUCCCAGAUAUAUACCCAAGAGAAAUGAAAACAUACAUCCACAUGAAAACCUGUGCACAAAUGUCCAUAUCGUCAUUAUUCAUAAUAGCCAAAAAGUGGAAACAAUCCCAAUUCCAGAAUGAGGAAGGGGAAAAAACUAAUGUGUAUUAGCUACUGUGUGCUAAGCAUUCAACUAGAUUCUUUACAAACCUUGUAUCGUCUCAACAGCUUUUUAAGGACUGUAUUGCAAUGUUUUGUAUAUUCAGAGAGAAAAAAAUCGUUGCUAAAACAUAUUUCCAAGGUUCUGCUUAUUCUGAUUUGUUCAAUCGUGGCUGUGAUAGUUUAGGACCAUCUAGACUAGGUAAAUAAAAUAUCUAGAGGCAUUCUUGAGAUUGUAUGAGAUGAAAAUAACAGUUGGGAGUGGCCAGUCUAGGUUCAUUUUGCUAUAUAGCUCAGGUGUCCCCAGGCUGUGGACAGGUACCAGUCCAUGACCUGUCAGGAACUGGCCUGCACAGCAGGUGGUGAGCAGCAUGCAAGCAAGAAUCACCGCCUGAGCUCUGCCUCCUGUCAGAUCAGCAGUGGCAUUAGAUUCUUAUAGGAGCACGAACCCUUAUUGUGAACUACGCAUGCAAGGAUCUAGUUUGCGCACUCCUACUGAGAAUCUAAUGUCUGAUGAUACGAGGUGGAACAGUUUCAUCCCAUAGCCAUCUCACCCGCAUCGUCCAUAAAAAAAUUGUUUUCCAUGAAAGUAGUCCUUGGUGCCGGAAAGGUUGGGGACUGCUGAUACAGCUAAACAGGCGUAAGUGUAAAAUUAUACGUCCUCCUCCUCAAGUUCUCUGUUUUCAUUGUCCACGUUAUACCAAUUCUUUUUAAAGCAUUCCAUGUUAUUGUUCCUUGGUGUGGUCACGUUACCGCUUGUUUAUCAAAUUUUACAAGUUGCUGCUUACGUAUUUGCUAACCACUUCAUUGUCUUGUUGAGGAUGCCUUGCUUCCCUUUGAAAUACUCUGCCAAAGAUCUGCCUCCAGCUGCUAGGAUCCUGUAAUUGGUUUCUUUCUGAUGGCUCCAUCCUAAGGCCCUGCUCUGGCCUAACUACUUUGGGCUUUGUGUAAUCAAUCUUAAGUUCUUGGCGGUUUUUCUUUUAGAUUUUUUUUUUCUGUAUAAAAUCUCUAUCGGGUGAUGCAUGGUGGCUCAUGCCUGUAAUCCCAGCACUCUGGGAGGCUGAGUUGGGUGGAUUGCUUGAGGCCAGGAGUUCAAGACCAACCGGGCCAACAUGGCAAAACGCCAUCUCUACUAAAAAUACAAAAAUCAGUGGGGCCUGGUGGCGUGCAUCUGUACUCCCAGCUACUCAGGAGGCUGAGGCAGGAGAAUCACUUGAACCUAGGAGGCAGCGGUUGCAGUGAGCUGAGAUGGUGCCACUGCACUCCAGGAUGGGUGAAAAAGUGUCUCAAAAAAAUUAAAAUUUAAAUUAAAAAAUAUAUAAUCUCCAUCUUCUAGAUUUUAUAAUGAGGACUGUACUUUUUCCUUUUGGGUAGCAUGGCUUGAGCGAUCUUGUCAGGCAUACCUAGCUUCAGAUUCUUUUCGGCUAACAGAUUUUCUCUGAGACCCUGGAGACAUUUUCUAACUUUUCUGAGACUCAUUUAUUCAAAUGUUUAUGUGACAGGCAUUGUGCUGGGCCCUGGGGAUACAGUGAUCAAUGGUAUCCUAUAAGGUUGUUUUGGUAUCUGUCAAGUCGCUGCCACCAUUGACACAUUGUACAGACUCAGUCAAUGGUAGCUGUGCCCGGUACUAUCAUUUGGAAAGAGCACUAUCAGAUUUUGGAUUCAAAUUGAAUGCAGCCAAGCACUGCCUUUUGGUAAAACAUGUGGACACAGUAACGCUAGCAGGAGGCAGUGUGAGGGUGGGAGAUGUGUUUUCAGAAGAAGGCAACUCUAGCAUCAUCACACAAGGGAUCCUAAUGUGGCAUUUGAGCUACUGGGAAAAAAAAUGUGCUUGCUUAAAUAUAAUUUGGUAACUAAUAUUCAUCUGAUCACCUAUCACAUUUUUGAGCACCCACUUUGAGCAAGGUUCUUAGGCUUUUCUAUGUAUAACAGCCAGCUGGAGGCCCAGUAAGUUUAAAAUUUUUCUAGGUCACUCAACUAGAAAAGGUUAAAGCUGGGACUAGAACUCAGAUCUCCUAAUUCGUGAGUGAAAACGAUUCUCUGUAUUUAUGUUUCCACACAUCAUUCAGUGACUCAGAUAUCAUCUCAGAGAGUCCUAAUCUUUUUAUCUCCUGACAUUAUAAAUGUUGAGUUUAGGGUUUUGUUUUGUUUUUUUUCAUUGUUUCCCAAACUAGAAUGCAGACUUGAUGAGGCCAGGGAUUAAGUCCUUUCUGUUCACAGAAUUCUGGAACAGUGUUUGGCACAGUAACUGCUAGAUGCAUGAAUGACAAUUCUGCACAACCCGCCAGCCAUGGAGCCUGUACCAGCAGUGGCUGCACUUAACCUUGCAGAAUCUGGUCUUUGUACUUCAGCAUGGCUCACAAGGCUGAGGCAGCCUGGCCCCAACUUGUCUUUUCAGCUUCAUGCAUUCAUAGUCAUGAACCUUGGCUCUAGCCACCUAAGACCAUUUGUUAUUCCCUGCACGGAUGUCUGCCUGAAAUGCUUGCUGCUAAGGCUAGAUAAACCUCAUCUGUUAAGGACCAGCUCACAUGUCAUAACUUUCUAAUCCCAAGCCGAAUUAAUUGCUCUAUAUGUGUCCCCAAAGAAAUUACCCAUACAUUCAUCAUAGUAUUUAUCACAUUCAUUCAUUCGUUCCACAAGUACUAGCUGAUGCCUACCAUGUAGGAGGCACAAUAUUCCUUGUUUAAAAAUGCUUCUAUCUCUCCCUCGGAUAAGACUAAGAUCUCUUUGAGCACAGUAAUCAAAUCAUUUCUGUUCACUUCCCCCCCAGAUCCCUGCCCAGGGUUUGACUCUUCUGCCUCACCAACUGUUUUAUUUACCCAUGGAGAUUCAGUGUAAACAUGGUCUUCUCUAAAAAAGGCUUCUGUUGCUUCUCUGGAUCGCUGCUAGUCCCCAUAGACUUCUAAAAUAUUACCUGUCUAUAGUUUGGUGUUGGGUUACAUUUUUUUGUUGUCCACACCAGACUAUGAACAUUCUCAGGGCAGAGAAACCAUAUUGUACUUCUGAAUCUAUAGCACCCAGCAGAGGGAUUGGCACAGAAAGUGUCCAGUGAGGCCGGGCAUGGGGGCUCACACCUAUAAUCUCAGCACUUUGGGAGGCCGAGACAGGCGAUUGCCUGAGAUCAGGAGUUCGAGACCAACCUGGCCAACAUCUCUACAAAAAAUACAAAAAUUAGCCGGGCGUGGUGGUGGGCACCUGUAAUCCCAGCUACUUGGGAGACUGAGACAAGAGAAUCACUUGAACCCGGGAGGCGGAGGUUGCAGUGAGCUGAGACUGUGCCAUUUCACUGUAGCCUGGGCAAGAAGAACGAAACUGUCUCAACAAAAGAAAAAAGAAAGUGUUAAGUGAAUGGGUGCUGAUUGACUGGUGGUGAUUUCAGGGUCCUAGUUCUAAAUUUCUCUGUGGAGAGAGACCAAAUCUAACUGGGUGGAUUAGCUUGAUACCUAGUCGCCUUUAGCCACCUUAAGAUGCCCUGCCAAGAUGCUUGCUUUCUGAAGGUGAAGAGUCUAAAUCAACUGCUGUUCCUGUUCUGCUGGUAGCACUUAGGGUAAAACAGCUUAAAUAGUAUUACUGAAGGCAGUCUCCUUUCAUCUAUGUAUUAACGUGGCAAUGUUUAUCACCUUCUUAGCCAAGCAAAGCUUUUAUCAGGCUCAGCUAACAGCUUGCAUUAGCCUCUUUCAGGAACUUGCCACAUUGCCUGUAAACUGACAUGCUGCAGAGUCAGCCCCAUCAAUUGUCCAAAACGGUGGGACUCUUUUUGAUGAUUUCAAAAUAGAUAGUUUAGUUAGCCCCAGGCCAGAUAAAUUCACUAAGUUGCCUGCUUGGCAGUGGAGGGGAGAGUCAUCAGCAAAGUAGGCUGACCCUUCUGUGGGCAGAAUGAAUACUUUGCUAAUGUGUAGAAGAAUUCCUUUUGUAAGCACCAAAGAACUUUAAUAAGGAUUAAGUGUCUGAGUUUCCUCAGCAUUAUUCUGUUCCAAGACCCAAAAAGGAAAAUAACCUCCCAAAAUGGUAAAAACUGCUUGUAUAUUUAGAAUUAUCUGAUCAAAGACCUAAUGAAAAGAUUCUAUAGUGUUUGCAUCAUCAUAAGUUAAAUCUUCAUCUACCACCCAACUGAUACCUGCCUUUCUGUGCGUGAAGUUAGAAAUGGCUGUUCUUUAAUAAAUGCUUUCGAUCUGAAAGUGAGAAAGUGAUUUAUGAAACACCCAGGUGAGGGGAGACUACAAGUCCCUUUGCCUUUUAGUUCUCAAGCAAUGCUGGUUACAGUAACUGCUCUGAUGUAAUUAUUGCUAACAUUUACAUUUUUAUUAAACUGAAAAUGCUAACUGAA